AUGGCUAACGCUGGUAUACUCUACGUCACUAUGCAACCCAAACCCUCCUUAUCACUUGACCAAUUUCAUGAGUGGUACAAUAAUGAACACGGCCCGACCAGAUUAAGAAUCCCGUCUAUCUUUAGCAAUGGCCUUCGGUACAGCGCAGCCGCUGGCACCGACGCCAGCCAGCCACAGUACAUGGCGGUUUACGACGUGGUUUCGAUGCAAUCCCUAGAGACGGAUACCUACACUUGCCUACGCGCCAACCGGUCCGCUCGGGAAGCUGAGACUAUAUCGCAAGUGGAUGUAAAACGCUACUUCUACGACUUGAUGCAUACCAAGCAAUCACCUCUGUUCGCGCCGAUUGAGCAGCUCUCAGAUGACGAGGCGGUGGGCAUUACAACUGUGGCGGUAGAAAUGUCACUAAAGGAUGUCCCAGGAGGAUUUGAAGAAUAUCAAAGUUGGUAUAAAGAAGAACACGUUGAAAUGCUAGCCAAGGUUCCCGGCUGGCUGCGCAGUCGCCUUUUCCAGACAUCAUCUGUUGAGCACCCUGGCCAGACUGUGCUAUUCAUGUUACAUGACUACACAAAGGAGAACGGCCUAGGUGGUCCUGAGCACAAGGCCUCUAUGGAUACCCCACGUAGGGAAAAGGUUUUCAGCACGUACGUGGGCAAGAAAGGAAGAUCGACCUGGGAAUUGUUUUACACCUUUGGUGCCGCACCGCGAGAACUGGCUGCACUUGGGAGGUUACCAAACAGUGCUGCUUUUGAGUCUGCCGAUAAAAAGACAUCAACGACACCCGGACAAGAUGCAGCCAUUACAUCGUACAUUGAGACAGCUGACAACCUGGUCAUCCCAUUCCGAUUAGAAGGCAAUGCCUCCCCCAAUGCGCCCACCAUUGCGUUUUGCAAUUCUUUGUUGACCUCAUACUCGAUGUGGGAUCCUCUAGUUGCUAUUAUCAAAUCGCAACGCCCAGACGUUCGAAUCCUUCGCUACGACACGCGCGGUCGAAACAGCAUUCCGCAGCCUCACAAAGCCGCAACACUAGUCACCGUGACUUCGGAUUUGGUGCAAGUUCUCGACACGCUACGCAUACAGAAACUAGAUAUUCUUAUCGGAGUUUCUAUGGGAGGAGCCACGACUCUGAACUUUGCCCUUUCCCACCCCGAUCGUCUUUCGAAAUUUAUCGCGGCAGACUUCAACUGCACGUCAAGUCCUGCGAAUACACAAGCUUGGAAGGACCGCAUCGAAGUUGCCCGAAAUGAUAACGGGGCUGGAAUUCAGGUGCUGGCUGAGCAGACAGUCACUAGAUGGUUUUAUCCCCAGACGGUACAAGAAAAACCCGAAGUCGCACAAUGGAUGACGCACAUGGUUGCGACCAAUGACGUUGAAGGCUUUGCACACAGCUGUACUGCCUUGUGGGACUACGACUUAAAACCAUUGUUACAGUCUUGCAAGAUUCCGGGCUUGUUGGUAGUUGGAGAUCAAGAUGCUGGAGGCGCCCUUGUGAAAGCCAUGCAAGGCUUUCGCUCAAGUAUCGGCCCCUCUGGCGCGGAUAUAAAAAUUGUUGAAAACACUGGUCAUCUGCCCAUGUGCGAGGACCCAGGAGCCUUUUGGGCUGCCAUUGCUAGCUUUUUAUAG